GGCGACUCUUACUCGCGAACGGGCUUCGAUCCCAGUGGCACUCAACCCUCCAGCUCCAAUCCGCUGGGAAAUCCCACGUAUCCCGGCCGCACGAGCGCCAACGGCCCCAACUGGGUGGAUCUUCUCACGGUGAAAUACAACGCCUCGUCGUUGCUCACCUACAACUUCGGAGCCAGCGGCGCCACCCUGGACACCUCGAUCGUCGAGUCCGGACUGGACGUCGCCCGGGAGAUUUCCGAGUACUUCGUUCCGUACUAUGCCGACUCCAGCUCGGGGUCGGAUCCGGUCUGGGAGACUGACUCGACCCUCUUUGCGAUCUGGGUGGGAAUUAACGACAUCAACAAAUCGUAUCUAGCGCAGAAUGAGUCCAUCCAUCCGCUGAUCUCCGAGCGGUAUCGCGAACUGGUCGACGAUCUGUACGACCUUGGCGCAAGGUCAUUCCUGCUCCUCAAUGUGCCGCCGUUAGAGCGCGCCCCACGUACCACGGGCUCCAGCGCUGCAGAGGAACGUAUUCCGAUCGAGCGGGCGGCCGUCAAGGAUUAUAAUAGCCGUGUAGAAACGCUGCAGAAAGAUCUUCAGGACGGAUAUGACGACAUCACGGUGUUUUUGUACGAUACGUAUUCGCUGUUCGACCAGGUCAUUGACGAUGCAUCGCAGUUCGAGCAGACCAAGGGAUACAAGGAUACAACCUCCUACUGCUCGGCGUAUCAAAAGUGA